AGUUCAUGUGGGUGCCUUUGGGCACAGCUCCCAGCACCUCUGCGCUGGGGACCCACCGGGACAGGGGCUGAGGCGAGUGUGUGGGUCCCACCGCAGAGGACGAGGGUCUGGGCACGAGCGGGCAAAUCCCUGCGGGCGCAGACCUUGUCCCUGGGCCCGCGGCCAAUCCCCGCGGGCUGCCGGGAGGCCCCGGCCGUGUCCAAGCAGGAAUCUGGGUCAGCGGGAGCGUAAACAGGCUCCUUGGCCGGGCGCGGGGAGCUCCUGUUUGCUCGCGGCGCUGCCAAGCGCGCUCCUCGGCGCGAUCCUUGAACUCUACGCGCCACAUCGGCCGCGCCGGGGAGCGGUUUCUUGGGCUGCAGCGCUGCUUAUCUCCGCCGGGAACGGCCCCUCCGGCAUAAAUAGCGGCCGUGGGGAAGCGCGGCUCAGACGGGACGAGCAGCAGCACGGCAGCGGCGGGACAGAGCUGGUUCAGCGCCAAGAUGAGAGCUGUGGUGGUGGCCCUCGCCCUGCUCUGCCUGACGGGCACCCAGGCCCGCUCCUUCUGGCAGCGUGAUGAGCCCCAGGCGCCCCUGGACCGCCUCAAGGACAUGGUGGACGUGUACCUGGAGACCGUGAAGACCAGCGGCAAGGAUGCCAUCGCCCAGUUUGAGUCCUCGGCCGUGGGCAAGCAGCUGGACCUGAAGCUGACCGACAACCUGGACACGCUGGGCGCAGCCGCCGCCAAGCUGCGGGAGGACAUGGCCCCCUACUACAAGGAGGUGCGGGAGAUGUGGCUGAAGGACACGGAGGCGCUGCGCCAGGAGCUGACCAAGGACCUGGAGGAGGUGAAGGAGAAGAUCCGGCCCUUCCUGGACCAGUUCUCUGCCAAGUGGACGGAGGAGCUGGAGCAGUACCGCCAGCGCCUGGCGCCCGUGGCGCAGGAGCUGAAGGAGCUCACCAAGCAGAAGGUGGAGCUGAUGCAGGAGAAGCUGACCCCGGUGGCUGAGGAGGCGCGGGACCGCCUGCGCGGGCACGUGGAGGAGCUGCGCAAGAACCUGGCGCCCUACAGCGAUGAGCUGCGGCAGAAGCUGAGCCAGAAGCUGGAGGAGAUCCGGGAGAAGGGCAUCCCCCAGGCCGCCGAGUACCAGGCCAAGGUGGUGGAGCAGCUCAGCAACCUGCGCGAGAAGGUGACGCCGCUGGUGCAGGACUUCAAGGAGCGCCUCACCCCCUACGCCGAGAACCUCAAGGCUCGCUUCAUCACCCUCCUGGAUGACCUCCAGAAGAGCGUGGCCUGAGCCGCUGGCCAGGACUGACCCUGCCCCGCUCCCUGCCCUGCCCGGUGCUUCCCUUGGGGCUCUGG